UCCAGUCCCAUGGAGUGUUUGGGUCGGAAACGGGUCAAGUCUUUGGUCUUGCCGCGCCGCUGGACGCCGGGCUCAGCCGGACGCCGGGCUUGCCGGCGUGGCGCGGGGCAACGCCCAUGGGCGAUGGCGAGCAGGAGGAGCUGUUGGUGGUACGAGGUCCACCAUCGAGCGAUGUGCCGCGAAUGAUCAUCCUUUGGAUGUUGAUUGCGGCGGUGCUCUUUUUUGGCCUGGCCUUCUUCGGAGUCAUGGUGAGCUGGCACUUGCUGAUGCCAAUGAGCCCUCAAGACGUGGAGACGAAGAAGCUCGCUGACGUGGUCUUGCAACUGGUGCAUGAUGAGAAGCUAAAGCAGGAGGCUUUACAGGUCGAAGGAGAUGCCGUUUGGGAAAAGGACCUCCAUGCGGAUGGUGAGAAGAUCAUGGACCUACUACGGUCCAUGGAGACGAAGUUGUCCCCAGAGGCUGCGGCCAAACUGGGUGUCGAGGUGACUGCCACCGACCUCGCGCGGAUCUUCGGCGUGACCAGCGCCCAUGGCCAUCCGAUGAGUUUGGAAGACGUGAAGAGGGGCGCCUUCCAAGGAGAUAUGAUGCCCAAGGACUUUGCUCAGCUGGAACGCUUCGUCUCUCACGCGGACGACGCCCGCGUGAUGAAGCGCCUGGCGAAGAAGAAGAGGCGGCGGCUCACGUCGGGCGAGAGGAACUUCGGUGCCGGCGAACCCUGGACGGGCGGCGUGGUGAACUACUGCUUCCAGGAGAACAUUGCGUCUGGAGCUCAAAAGGCCAUCCGUUUCGCGAUCAAGCAGUACAAGAAAGCUGUGCCAUGUUUGCAGUUUGUAGAUGUUGGCUUGGGCCCCAGCGGUAAGAGCUGCAUGCAGUCUCCCGCCAUCUUGGUCACUUCCGAGAAGGACGGGUGUUGGUCCUAUGUGGGGAUGCUGAGAGAUGAAGAGGUGCAGCAGCUGAAUCUGGAAACGCCAGGCUGCGACUCAGUGGGUACGGCCAUGCAUGAGCUGGGCCAUGCCUUGGGCAUGGAACAUGAGCAGAGCCGCCCCGACCGCGACGAGUAUGUGAAGAUCUACUCCCAUCGUAUCGAGGAUGGCAAUGCUGAUCAAUUUACCAAGUCCGAGAAUGGCGACAUGGAACGUCCGUAUGACCUCAUGUCACUCAUGCAUUAUGAAUCGGAUGCUUUUUCCAAGAACGGCAAACCCACCAUCGUGGCAAAGGACAAGGCCUACGAGCUUUACACGUCGAAUCCCAGCCAGUUCCAUCGCUACAAGAUGGGCAACCGCGUGGGACUCACGCAAAUGGACGCGGAUCAGGUGGCGGACCUCUACCGUGCGGAGAAUGGGCUUUGUGUGAGCCAUUUGCUUAGCAAGGUGGGUGAAGAUGCUCCCUGUUCUGACUUGCAGAAAGAUGGGAAGAAGUGGCUGGAUGAGUAUGGACAAGAAUGCAAAGACUACGUCCAAAUGGAGGCUGACGGCCAAAUCGAUGACUGCGGUGAGUAUUCCGCCGGAGACUAUUGCUGCGACUGUGGUGGCGGACUCCGGCUCCAGGAAUGGUCCUGGGAAUGUGAUCUGUGCAAGACGUUUUCUGCCGGCGGGUGCAGCUGCAAGACUGGUCCCUGGAGCGUCUUCAAUCACACGAGCCUCACGACCUGCGGAAAUCCUGGCUAUCUCAACCACUUCGCCAUGUGUCGAGUCCCCGACAGCUGCCACCGCUCCAGCCUCUUGGGCGGUCUACGCGUGGCGCCGUGCGCGCCCUACACGGGGCUCACCGACGAGGGCUGCCGCUGCCUGCGGCGGAAGCGGUGGAAUUACCACGGCCAGGAGGUCUUAGGCACCUGCGGAAAUCCGGAUGGAAAGACGAAAGCAUGGUGUUUCGUGGUGGAUCCGGAGGAAUGCGAAGGGAAGACCUGGGGCUAUUGCGAGGAAGCCAAAGUGGACUGGCACAUCACAAAUGUGUGAGGUCGAGGCCCAUGUAAUGCUCGCAAGAAGAAGUGAGUGGCGCUGGUUGAAGCGUGGCGCUGGUUGUUGCUUCGCAGCGCGCGAAGCUUUCUUGAUUGUUUUCCCGAGGGUCAGGAGGGAUUUUGAUUGAUCUCUUGCUCAGAAGUUGCUGC